AUGUCUGUGACUGUGGCUCCAGUCAGGGACCCUGAGGAACAAAUGUUCAUGAAUAAGUUUGAGGGAGAAUUUUCAUCCAAAGCACCCCAGAAGAGGGACUUGGAUCUCAUGCUAGGAGCCUAUCACAUCAAGCUUGGGGUGGUCUUGUUGUUGGCAGAUAUUCUUGUCCCAGGUGUUUGUGGUACCUUGGAAUCAGUGCAACACUCUUCCUAUGAAGUCAUCAUCCCCACUAGGUUAACCUUCAGGGACAGGGAAGACUCAAAAGACAAAUUGUCAUAUGUGCUGCUAAUGAAAGAGAAGAGACAAGUCAUUCACUUGAAGUUAAAGAGAAGGUUGUUUGUCAAGAACUUCCCUGUCUACACCUACUCCAAAGGGGUCCCAAGUUUAGACACGCCUUUUAUCCCAGAUAAUUGCCACUAUGAUGGAUACGUAGAAGGUGAGCUGGGGUCCACUGUGUCUGUCAGCACCUGCUCAGGCCUCAGGGGCAUCAUCACCAUCCAGAAAACAGUUUAUGGCAUUGAGCCCAUGGAAACAUCAAGGCAGUUUGAGCAUCUCUUAUAUCCCAUGGAUGGGCUGCUCCAAAGCUCCUGCAGAGUGACCUCAGAAGAAGGCCAACGAUUCAGAAGCAGCAUGCAGGAACAGAGAACAGAAGAGAAAGAGACACUUGACAGGGAGGCCCUGAACUACAUCUGGUCCCACCCCAAGUAUGUGGAGAUGUUUGUUGUGGUGGACAAUAGGCGAUUCCACAUGUGGAAUGGCAACGUGACCAAGACGGUGCAGAUGGUGAUGGACGCCCUUGCCCACGUCAACACCUACAGCCAGGCCAUCCGCGUCAAGGUGGUCCUCAUCGGCUUGGAGAUCUGGACAGAGAGGGACCAGGUGAGGAUCCCUGAGGACUUGCGGGAAGUCCUGCACAAUUUCAACCACUGGAGAGAACGGGAGCUGCUCAGCCGGGCCAAGCACGAUGUUGCCCAUCUCAUAGUGGGACACCAUCCAGGAGAGUACCUGGGGGAAGCCUUUCUGAACGGGGCGUGCGUGUCUGGGCUUGCAGCAGGAGUCGAAUCUUUCUAUCAUGAAGACCCCCCUCUCUUUGCCGUGCUCAUGGUGCAUGAGCUGGGCCAUAACCUGGGCAUGAAGCACGACCACGUGGCCUGCAUCUGCCCUGACCAGCCCUCCUGCAUCAUGCUCGGAACUGUCAGCCUUGAGAGUCGUUUCAGCAACUGCAGCUUGGAGGCUUUCUAUGAAUUCCUGCGACACCAGCAAGGCUCCUGCCUCUAUGACAAGCCCGCGGCCGCGGGCGUGGCGAGGGGGCCCUUCUGCGGGGACCACGUGGUGGACAGAGGGGAGGAGUGCGACUGUGGCAGCGUCGGGGACUGCAUGAAGGACCGCUGCUGCUUGCCCUCCUGCCGGCUGAGGCGGGGCUCUGCCUGUGCCUCUGGGCCCUGCUGCAGCAAGUGCAAGUUUCUGAAGGCAGCCACGCCCUGCCGUCCCAGCGUGGACGAGUGUGACCUCCCCGAGUACUGUAAUGGCAGCUCCCCGUGGUGCCAGCCCGACACCUACAAGCAGGAUGGCAGCCCGUGCAGGGGCGGUGGUUACUGCUACCAGGGGCGGUGCAGGAGCCUGGAGAGCCAGUGCGUGCAGGUGUUUGGGGAGGGCUCCCGGGCUGCCCGGCAAAGCUGUUACCACCACUUGAACACGCAGGGGGACAGGUUUGGCAACUGUGGCAGUGGCCAGGAAGGGUUACGCAAGGCCUUUGUCAAGUGUGCGCCCAAGCAUGUCAUGUGUGGGAGGCUGGUGUGUGAAGGCAUUGCCAGGUUGCCCCUGAUGAGGAACCACCACACGCUCAUCCAGAUCCCCCUGGAGGACACGUGGUGCUGGGGGGUGGACCUCUUUGAGGACGUGGACCUUCCUGAUGGAGGGGCCGUCAAGGCAGGCACCUUGUGUGGCCCCCAGAAGAUCUGUCUCAACCGCACGUGCUCUGAUGUGCAGGUGCUGCAAUAUGAUUGUGAACCAGAGACCCGGUGUCAUGGCCGAGGGGUCUGCAACAACCUCAAGCAUUGUCACUGCGAUGAUGGCUAUGCCCCUCCCACGUGUGCUUCGGAGGGCUUUGGGGGCAGUGUGGACAGUGGCCCCCCUCCAGAUGCAAGAACGCUUUCUCCCAAGCCACUUGCCUUAUAUCAGCGACCCCAAAUCACCCCUGCUCUACUUGCUAACAACCUGUCUCCCAGUUUGUACACUUCUCCCGUUAGACUUCAGCGUCCACCCUUCAUCAGAAGUCAAGGCCAUAACUCCCUUCGUCUUCAGGACAGCCCCCUUCUGGGAUUUGAACCUUCUCCUAGCCCUACUCUAGAGAACAACAGAUCCAACAGCCAGGACACCAAGCAGCUGCUCCUCUCCUUGAUUGAGAUCUUGAUUGCCUUCUGCCUUCUGCCUUCUGGAAAAUCUGAUGACUCUGAGGACCUUUGA